GAUUCUAAACUUUCUUUUUUCACCAGAUCUUUAGAAGUUGACAAAGCUAUAUGAAUGAUUGCCUCACAGCUGUAAAAAUCAAAGGGGAAAGCAUGUUUGGCACUGAAAAUCAACUCUCGUGUAUUUUAACAGUAAAUAGAAAGUAAAUAUAUUCAUUUUAAACAUUAUUCUUUUUUUUUUUUUAACCUUGUUUAAUUGUGAUACAAUUUUUAAACAAUCGAUUUCAUUUAUCUAUAUUUAAAAAUACAUACUCGAAUGAUUUGAUCAUCUCCUUCAACAUCAACAACAACAACAACAACAUAAUAAACGUUUCAUUUCCACUGUAUUUUUACAAGACACGUUAUGUUUCAUUUUAAUCGUGAUUAAAAGUAAGAUUGAAUGUUCUCAAUCAUUAAGUUUCAUUACUGCGAUCCACGGGUUUCCAAAAUAAUUCCCGUUUACGUUACGUGUACAAAAUGGAAACGGAAGAAUAUGAUAAUCCUAAGGAAAUAAGAGCAACUUUAGAAACAUAUAAAAAAUUAGCUAAUGAUUUUUCUAACCAUGACACUAUCUUAAAGGAUAAAACAGUCUUGUCCUAUGUAGCUUAUAUUCUUGAAGUACCUUACUUAGAUAUUAUCAAUCUCUCAUUAGAUAUAUUAGAAUUGUUUAUUAAAAAUACUGAUAAUUAUGUACACAUAACCUCUACCUUUGGAAUAAGAGAAGCCUUAGACACCGUUGUAAACAGAUUUUUAUUGAGCGAACCAGAUAUAUCUAAAAGAGCUCAACAUUUAAAAGAUAAUAUUGAACGCAUGAAACCACCAAUAUAUAAUUUACGCAGUAGGUGCAGAAUCAUUGAACGAAAGAAAUUGAAAACUCAUGUAAUCGUAUUACAUGUACAAGGCUUAUUACCAGAGACUCGAUCUGAACUGGAAUCAACGUUGAUCAAAGUUGAGGGAUUGAUAUCUCUUGUGAUAGAUGUAGAACAUCAACGUGUUACCAUGCGUACAUUAAACAAUGUUAAUGCUACACAUAUUGCUGAUGUUAUACAAGAACGUUUAGAAAAUAUGGAAGCGUGGCUAGUUACUAAAAAUAAAUUCAAUCAAGAAUUUUUAGUUAGAUUGACCCAUAAAGAAGACACAGAUGAUAUUGAAAAUAUGCCAGAAUAUUUACCGGAAGAAGAAGAACAAGAAGAUGAGAAAGAAGGAGUCGUAUCUUUAUUUAGUGGUUUAAGACAAAGUGCUUCAUCUUUGUACAAAUCUACGACAGAAUUUCUUCAUAAUUCAUUUUAUUGGUAAAUCCCCAUUAUCGAUAAAUUAAUCGACAAUUCUCUCUAAUCAUGCAAUGUUCUCUAAAUAAGAACAUAUUAAUCAAUGAAUCUUUUCAUUUAUAUAACUAAAAAACAAGACUUUAAAUCAAUAGUUAUUAUUUAUUAUUAAUCUUAAUAUUACUAUUAUGGAUGUAUUUUUCCUCUUUUAAUAGUUUUGGUCUCUUUAUAAGGGUAUAGCACGUUACACAAAAUAUUUUUAAGGGUAACGAAAAAUCUCAUGCAUGUACCUAUUUACCAGAGUUCAUAUUUGAACUACAUUGUACAUAAUAACUCGAAGUAUCUCGAAUUUUUCUUAAAAAGGAAAAAAAAAAAACAAGAAAAAUGUGUGCUAUUGUAAGUUACAACAUAGAAUUAUAUGUGAUCGAAGACCAUUGAA